AACACUAAACACAACUAUUCAACAAUAAAAUGUAUGAGUUUCAUCAAGUUCACAUGGUUAGUUUUGAUGUUUCUUGGCUCUUCCUGUCCAAUUGCGCCCCCUGGUGCCUGCACUGCGCAGCCGCAGCGCUGUUCACUCCCAGGAAUCACUCCCACACUCCGCUGCCUUUCAGCCGAUGUGGGAUUUAGGCCGACAGCGACUUCUUUUUCCUUUUUUUUUUUUGCAAGCUGAAUAAGCAGCCCCGGUAUGUCUGUAAACGGAGACAUAUGAAAACUUUAGAGUCAAUGGGACGUCAUCUGUGACCAAGACAGUCCAAUCUGAGAGUUACAGCCCAACUUUGGAUGGAGUUUAUGUUUUAUCCGGCGUCGUCCAAACACAGCACCGAGGCUCUGACGGGGAUCGGAAUUUAACAAGUCUGACAGGGGGAAAAGGGAAAAGUGGACACAUUCGCUGGCAUCACAAAAGAGAAAGACGAAAUUCAAAAGCGCUUUCUUCGAUGAGAAGGAUCUCAGAUUAAAGAGGCAGCCCCCCGUCCUAUUUCUGCUUAAAGAGCAGCUUCAGUCAUGGCGAAAAAGUAUGAUUUCCUUUUUAAACUGUUGCUCAUCGGCGACAGCGGUGUGGGGAAAACGUGUCUGAUCAUUCGUUUUGCUGAGGACAAUUUCAACUCCACAUACAUUUCCACCAUCGGCAUUGACUUUAAAGUAAAAACCAUUGAAGUGGAUGGAAAGAAAGUGAAACUUCAAGUGUGGGACACAGCAGGACAGGAGAGGUUCAAGACCAUAACCACAGCCUACUACAGGGGAGCCAUGGGCAUCAUCCUGGUGUACGACAUCACCGACGACAAGUCCUUCGAGAACAUCCAGAACUGGAUGAAGAGCAUCAAAGAAAAUGCAUCAGCUGGGGUCAGUCGGAUGCUGCUCGGUAACAAGUGUGACAUUGAGGCAAAGCGAAAGGUUUCCAAGGAGACAGGAGAGAAGUUGGCGAAAGAUCAUGGCAUCAGAUUCUUUGAGACAAGUGCAAAGUCCAACAUUAACGUGGAGGAGUCUUUUCUGGCUCUGGCAAGAGACAUCCUUCAAAAAUCCAGCAAGAAGCCGGUAAAAGAGCAGGGCCCGACAGGCCGGGAGGUGAAAAUCACCAGCAGCACAGAGAAAAAGUCCUCCAAGUGUGUUCUUCUCUAGAUAAGAUAUCUGCUAAGAUACUGCACUAAAGUGGAAGAACACGCCAGUGUAAUUAGGGGAAAUGCAGCAAGUUUUCUGUCUCCAUCUGGUGGGCCACAACUACAAUAACACAAUAACAAACAGCCAUUGAGAGUGUGUUUAUAAAUCCAAACUUUAAAGCUUUAAAGCCUUAAAGCUUGGCCAGAUCUUCCACCGUAUAUAUAUAGAUUGCUUUAUUCAUCCCCUAAGGGAAAUAACACAUUUUAUGCAACAAAAGUGUUUGGUAGCACUUAAAGAGACCAGGUCCCACCAGUUUUUACAUAUCUGUUUCCACACUGAAUUUGUAUGUUUGAUUCCACGUUAUAAUUCCGGCACCCCAAUCUCUUUAAAGAACCACGUCUGUGUUUUUUUCACAUUCAUUUUAUUCUGUUCUUCGAUGUGAGCACACACGGCAGCGGCUCGUAAGCGCUCAGUGACAGAGGGAAAGCUAAAGCGAAAAUGUAGGAUGUUAGUUAAGUAGUUAGAUUCACAUACACAGAAGGCACUGGUGAGCCCCAAUUGACCCAAUUAUUUUUUUAUUUGUCAGCCUAAUCUCACAAAAAAAAUAAAAAAUAAACAUUUAAUAGUAAUAUUUUUCCACAUGUCCAGAUAGUAUCGUCAGGAUCCGUAGCUGUAAACUGAAAAACCAACAUAUCCCGAAGCUGGUAUGAUGAAAACAAAGUUGUUCGAAACGAGCAGUUCCUUUCUUAAAAGUGUCUGGAGUGCCCCACAGAAUUAGGGAUUCGUCCUUUCUCCUUCCCUCUCCCUCAUAGAGAUUUGUGCUCAAAUGAAUGCUUGGCUUGUGCAUGGCAUCAGAGAACACCACACAGCAACAGGUAAAGACAAGAAUGUUGACAUGCUGACCAAUCAAAGCUGCAUCAUGUAGGGCACAGAAAGAGUUAAAAACCCACAAACUGUCUUGUUUUUAGUGUGUUCACUGUCGUAUUGCAAUGUGUUGAGCUAUAGACCAAUGGAGUUCUUUUACACAGUGUUUUAAAAUCCAGGGUUUACGUCAAAGAUCAUAUGAUGUUGUUCAAGUGCCAUUGGGAAAUAGUAAAGGUGUCCUUAUGUGCUGUAAGAGACUGCAUCAUUACAGGGUCCGUAAUUCAAGUAUUAUAGUCCGCGACAGGGGAGAAGAUAGAAGAUACCAAUCAGGCGUACAAGACACUUUAUGUUUCCAUCUCCAGUGUUGUGUAAAUAUGCCUUAUGCCAUCGAUAUUUGUCAUGUUAAUUGCCUAAGAACACAUUUGUUAUUCUAGCCGUUUCUGUUCAAUUCAACAGAAUCUUCAGGAACAGAAGCCAUUACAUGUUAGAUUUAAUUGGUUUCUGGCAUGUAGAUGUCCUGGUCUCAAUAAGAAGGACAAACAAAAGAAAGCGUGCUUUUUUUAUUGAAUAUAGAAUGGCCUUCAAUGGAAUCCAAAACAAUCUUUCUGGUGAGCAAGCUUGGUUAUACUUGAUUAAUGGAUUGAGAAUGUCGAUGAUGGAAAAUAGAAAAAAGUGCAAUACGAGAGUUGGAGUGGAGACAUGAUAGAAGGAUGAGUAACGCAAGUGAAUGGACAGGAUGUGAGAGCCCACCAGGCAGCAGUGCACACAUGCCCUUCAGUCUGAAUUGAUUUACUGGCUCGCGGCUUUCAUCCGAAGUGCCUAAACACUACCACACUUUAGCUACAUCUGACAUGACAGUCUUCCUGCUCAGGCAAUUUUCAGAUCAUUCAAAAGGACUGUGAUUGUAGGUGUUCAUCUGAUCCUGACAGCUCCUUUUUCCGCACACAGGCACACUGAGUUUUCCCUUUUUCUUCCUCUGUGUUUUCUGUCACAUUUAUUUCUUCCCCUGCCCAAAAAACGUUUGUAUGUAGUUUACAGGCUUGGUGAAUAAAACCGAAAUGGUGUAAGCGGUG